AUGAUGGCCGAGGAUGGGGGAAAUCUCACCGGGACCCCCGACUCCAGGGGCUCUGAGGGCCGCUCCUCUCUUCCGAGGACUUUUAUCCGGCUCAACGACCUAUCCGGGGACGGAGGAGGCGCGGAGAGGACCGAGGUGAUGGUAGAACCGGCUUCCCCGGCCCCUGACGGGACUUCUUCAGCCGGUGAUGAUGCGUCAGUCUCCGGUGAGGAAAGUCUGCCUUACCCCACGCUAGCCCCGGUGGUCUUCUUCUACAUGAAACAGAGCACACGUCCUCGGAGCUGGUGUCUCAAAAUGGUCUGCAACCCAUGGUUUGAACGAGCGUCCAUGUUGGUAAUCCUGCUGAACUGUGUGACCUUGGGCAUGUUUCAUCCCUGUGAGGACAUCGACUGCAACUCUGACAGGUGUAAAAUCCUGCAGGAUUUUGAUGAUUUCAUCUUUGCAUUUUUUGCCAUCGAGAUGGUGAUCAAAAUGGUGGCUCUGGGGAUUUUUGGCAAGAAGUGCUACCUGGGGGAUACAUGGAACCGCUUGGACUUCUUCAUUGUGAUAGCAGGGAUGUUGGAGUAUUCCCUCAACCUUCAGAACGUCAGCUUUUCAGCAGUGCGGACAGUCCGGGUAUUGAGGCCACUGAGGGCCAUCAACAGAGUGCCAAGUAUGCGUAUCCUGGUUACCCUGCUGCUCGACACGCUACCCAUGCUGGGCAACGUGCUGUUACUUUGCUUCUUUGUCUUCUUCAUAUUUGGCAUCGUGGGAGUCCAGCUGUGGGCCGGCCUGCUCAGAAAUCGUUGCUUUGUGGAAGACAACUUCUCUUUUCCUCUGUCUGCUGAACUUGAGAAAUACUACCACACUGAAAAUGACGACGAGAACCCCUUCAUUUGCUCUCAGCCAAGAGAGAACGGCAUGCGGGACUGCGGCUCCGUGCCAAAGCUUUACGACGAUGCGGGUCUGCAAUGUAAUCUGGACAUUUACUCGUACAACAGCACCGAUAACACCACCUGUGUCAACUGGAACCAGUACUACAGCAACUGCUCUGCAGGUCUAGUUAACCCCUUCAAAGGGGCCAUCAACUUUGACAACAUUUGCUACGCCUGGAUUGCAAUUUUCCAGGUGAUCACUCUGGAGGGCUGGGUGGAUAUCAUGUAUUUUGUGAUGGAUGCUCACUCUUUUUACAACUUCAUCUACUUCAUCCUACUGAUUAUCAUUGGCUCGUUUUUCAUGAUCAAUCUCUGCCUGGUCGUCAUUGCUACUCAAUUCUCAGAAACCAAGCAGAGAGAGAGUCAGCUGAUGAAGGAACAGAGAGUGCGCUUCAUGUCCAACGCCAGCACCUUGGCCUCUCUUUCGGAACCGGGUUCCUGCUACGAUGAACUCCUCAAGUACCUUGUCCACGUGAUCCGCAAGGGGGCGAAACAGGUGGCCCACAUUUUUAGGUUCUUAGCACGUCGAGCUGGACUAAACAUUGCCGCCUCUCCGCCUCCAGUGGAACCCCAACAAAAGCAGAGCCAGAAGAGGAGGAGGAAGUCCUCCAGGCAGGGCUCACUGUCCAUAUACCACAUGGUGCACCCUCAUCCCCAUUAUCAUUACCAUCUUGGGAAUGGCAGUGUGAGAGCGGGAGGGAACAUCAGGUGUCUGGAAGGUCAGGAUGCGGAGCCGACUUCUCAUAUCAACAACAUAGGGUCGACAAUUUGUGGCGCGAACCUAACUUUAGUUCCACCGCCCACCUCGGUCAUAACGGCAACUUCUGACAUCAAUCUAGUGGGAUAUGCUGGUUCACACUCCACUCUUGGUGUGCUACACCAAGAAAAUAUUGGCUUUACACCCUCAACUACAAACCUCUGGCAUACCCCAGCCCCGUUCUCCCUUACUCCGGCAUCCACAUCUAGGACGAUGAAGAGGAACUCUGUGCCGUUUGCUGCUCCUGGUCCUAAAAACUAUCCUACUCUCCAGGCCAGAGCUCUAGCAGAGUCAAGACGGGGGAGUGUGGCGACGGGUGCACUAACAAAUAUCAGUCUCAACAUUCCACCCAUGUCCUAUGGUAGAAGACGGCAGAGCCUGGCAGACACACUUAACCCCUCAGCUGCGGCCUUGCCUGCUCGCCAGCUGUCCGCUCGCGACCUCAGCGUGGUGAGCAGCGCCAUGGACGCGGCCGGCUUGACCUCGGACCCCGAAAGUUGCCCUUAUUGCGCGAAGGCCCUCGCCAACGAGUCGGAGGGUGGCACGGAAACACCGGGAGACUCUGACAGCGAGGGCGUCUACGAGUUUAGCCAGGACGCCCGCCGCAGGGACAGGCGGGACAGUCGUCAGCCCAGAAAAAAGCCGUCCGGCCUGGGCAAAACGGCUGGAAAGAUUGUGCACUUCUGGAGGUUGGUGUGCGAUACGUUCAGGAAGAUCGUUGAUAGCAAGUACUUUGGACGAGGGAUCAUGAUCGCCAUCCUGAUCAAUACGCUUAGCAUGGGGAUUGAGUAUCAUGAACAGCCCGAUGAACUGACCAAUGCCUUGGAGAUCAGUAACAUUGUGUUCACCAGUCUCUUCUCCCUGGAGAUGCUGUUAAAAGUAUUGGUGUACGGUCCAUUUGGAUACAUUAAGAACCCCUACAAUAUUUUUGAUGGCAUCAUCGUUGUUAUCAGUGUGUGGGAAAUUGUGGGUCAGCAAGGCGGGGGUCUGUCCGUGCUGAGGACCUUUCGUCUCAUGAGGGUGCUGAAGCUGGUCCGAUUCAUGCCGGCUCUGCAGAGGCAACUGGUGGUGCUGAUGAAGACCAUGGACAAUGUGGCCACCUUUUGCAUGUUGCUCAUGCUUUUUAUCUUCAUUUUCAGUAUUCUGGGGAUGCAUCUGUUCGGUUGUAAAUUUGGUUCAGAGCGGGAUGGAGACACCCUACCAGACCGAAAAAACUUUGACUCACUUCUAUGGGCCAUUGUGACUGUUUUCCAAAUCUUAACCCAAGAAGACUGGAAUAAGGUAUUAUAUAACGGCAUGGCGUCCACCACUCCUGUCGCGGCACUCUACUUUAUUGCCCUCAUGACCUUCGGUAACUACGUUCUGUUCAACUUGCUGGUGGCCAUCUUGGUGGAAGGCUUCCAAACUGAGGAAGUGACCAAGCGGGAGGACUUGCAUGCCCAACUGAGUCUAAUUCAGCUGCCUGUAGAUGCAGGGGGGGAUGCUUCUAAAUCAGGUUCAGAGAUUGAUUCUUGUGCUCGAAGUAUGGAGGAUGUUAACAGCAGUAAAAGGGAUUUAUCAGCCUCUGCAGUAGUACCUGUAAAUGGUCACGUGGAUCUGAAGAGCAGCCUGACCCCUCCACUGAUUACCCACACGGCCGCCACUCCGAUGCCUAUUCCCAAAUUGCCCAUCGGGGGUGACUUCCACCAGGCUUACGAGUCGCGCCGAGGCAGCAGUGUCUCCAUAGACCCAAACGCCUAUGAAAAGUCCCCGACCAGUGCCCGCAGCGCUUCCCCUUACGCACAUCGGAACACGGGCAGUGGCCGCAAUAGCCGGCGAUCCAGCUGGAACAGUCUGGGUCGAGCCCCGUCACUGAAACGCCAGAAGCAGCAGUCUGGGGAACGGCAAUCACUUUUAUCAGAAGAGGGGCGCUCCAGCUCUGAAGAAGGCGAGACCGGGCUAGAAGGACGAGACGGAUUGACGGAGGAGGAUGACGCUUCCUUGGCCAGGACGGACUCCACGUCCCAGUCGCAGACGGGGCCCGGUCACCGGAGAAUGGAAUCCAUGGAAACGCGAAGCUCCAUGGAUUUGCCCCCUGAUGCCUUACUGCAGGUACCAUAUCUUUAUCGCUCAGCUAGCAUGCACAGCUCUCGACCCCCUUCAGUGGGCACCUUGCGACCUGCGGAGCAUAGUGACUGUAACGGGAAGGGAACACCCUCACUUUUGGGCCCCGUCUCAAUGGAGGAGAACACCGAGGAGGAAAAUGCUGAAGAAGAGGCCAAUCUGGGUCGUCUUGCCAGAUUGUUUCGCUGGCUAGAAAGAAAACAACCAGAGUGGUGUCGACAAAGAGACACCUGGUCACUCUACCUCUUCUCUCCAGAAUCAAGGUUUCGUUUUGUGUGCAAAAAUAUCAUCAACCACAAAAUGUUCGACCAUGUGGUGCUGGUUAUCAUCUUCCUCAACUGCAUUACUAUCGCAAUGGAGAGGCCUCGCAUCGACCCCACCAGUGCUGAACGAAUCUUCCUAACAUUAUCCAACUACAUCUUCACAGCAAUCUUUGUGACCGAGAUGACCAUCAAGAUUGUAGCUUUGGGUUGGUGUUUUGGUGACCAGGCCUACCUGAGGAGCAGUUGGAACAUUCUGGAUGGGAUGUUAGUGAUGAUAUCUGUUAUCGACAUCCUGGUUUCUUUCAUCUCCAACUCGGGUACCAAAAUCCUCGGUAUGCUCAGGGUGCUCAGGCUGCUGCGUACGCUCAGGCCUCUGCGUGUAAUCAGCAGAGCCCCGGGUCUCAAGCUGGUCGUGGAGACCCUCAUGUCUUCACUGAAGCCCAUCGGCAACAUUGUGGUCAUCUGCUGCGCCUUCUUCAUCAUCUUUGGCAUCCUCGGUGUACAGCUCUUCAAAGGGAAGUUUUUCGUCUGUCAAGGAGAGGACGUGAAGAACAUCACAAACAGGUCUGAUUGUUUACAAGCCAGCUACAAAUGGGUCAGACACAAGUACAACUUCGACAACCUGGGGCAGGCCUUGAUGUCUCUAUUUGUUCUGGCGUCAAAAGACGGAUGGGUCGAUAUCAUGUAUGAUGGACUCGAUGCUGUAGGAGUCGAUCAGCAGCCAGUGAUGAACUACAAUCCUUGGAUGUUGCUGUACUUCAUCUCCUUCCUCCUGAUCGUGGCAUUCUUUGUGCUCAACAUGUUUGUGGGAGUGGUGGUGGAGAACUUCCACAAGUGUCGGCGGCACCAGGAGGCCGAAGAGGCCAAGCGCAGGGAGGAGAAGAGACUGAAACGCAUGGAGAAAAAGAGACGGAAUUUAAUGGUUCCAGGGGUGAGUUGGGCCCUGUCGGACGGCACGUUAAAAGAAGCUCAGAGUAAGCCAUACUACUCGGAUUACUCCCCCACCCGUUUGAUUAUCCACAAGAUGUGCACGAGCCACUACCUGGACCUCUUCAUCACCAUCGUCAUAGGACUCAACGUCAUCACCAUGUCCAUGGAGCACUACCAACAGCCAAAGGAAUUGGAUGAAGCAUUGAAGAUCUGUAACUACAUCUUCACUCUCAUCUUUGUACUGGAGUCAGUCUUCAAAUUGGUUGCCUUUGGCUUCCGACGCUUCUUUAAGGACAAGUGGAACCAGCUUGAUCUAGCCAUUGUGCUGCUGUCUAUCAUGGGAAUCACUCUGGAGGAGAUUGAGGUCAACGCUUCUCUGCCCAUUAACCCAACUAUAAUACGCAUCAUGAGAGUGCUGAGGAUAGCACGAGUACUGAAGCUCCUGAAAAUGGCGGUGGGGAUGCGAGCUUUGCUGGACACCGUUAUGCAAGCGCUGCCUCAGGUGGGAAAUCUCGGUCUUCUCUUCAUGCUCCUGUUCUUCAUCUUUGCCGCCUUGGGAGUGGAGCUGUUUGGCGACUUGAUUUGUGAUGAACUCCACCCGUGCGAAGGCCUGGGACGCUAUGCCACCUUUAAAAACUUUGGGAUGGCAUUUUUGCUGCUCUUCAGAGUUUCAACUGGGGAUAACUGGAAUGGCAUCAUGAAGGACACUUUAAGAGACUGCGCCCAUGAGACGACGACCUGCUACAACACCGUCGUCUCUCCCAUCUACUUUGUUUCCUUCGUCUUGACCGCUCAGUUCGUCCUGGUUAACGUGGUCAUCGCCGUCCUGAUGAAGCACUUGGAAGAGAGCAACAAGGAAGCUAAGGAAGAGGCAGAACUAGAGGCAGAGUUAGAGCUGGAGCUCCACGGCGAUCGGGGAGACCUGGCAACCAGGUCGCCCCAGCUCAACCCUCUCACACUGGGCACAGACAGGUCUAGUUCUGGGGGUUCCCCCUGGAGGUCCCCCAGGGACAUGGGGCAGGAAAGCGGCAUUGACUCGCCCACUGUUGAUAUACCGAGGGACCCAGUCAACAUCAAUGAGGAGCCUUCCUCAUGCCUGGAGCCCGCUCUGGAGUUUGUCCAGCAAAGAGCACAGUUUGACUCCAUCUCCCUGGUCAUCCAGGGCUCAAUGGAGGGAGAGAUGAGUUUGAUGGACAACUUGUCCGGCUCUGUGUGCCACUACUACGCGCUGGCGCCCAAGGCCGCCGAGCACAACACCGACAAAAAGAUCCCUCUAGCUGAGAUGGAAGCUCUGUCUCUGGCCUCUGAGAAAUCCUGGUCCCUAGCUCUGACAGAGGAAUCGGUCGCUGGCAAUUUUAAUCCCCUCUCUCUAAGCAGCCUGGAAUGCAAUACCGAACAGUUGGCACUGGAGGAUAACCUACUGAGUGUCAGGAAGCCAACGGUGGGGCGCGCGCAUUCCCUACCCAACGACAGCUACAUGUUCUUCCCCCGGCGGGCAGCUUUAGCGCAGACGCGGCACAUACGAAGCUCCCACUGGGCCCUAUCAGGCUCCAGCGGUUCUGUGCGUUCCCAACCUGAAGAAUGUUCUGAACGACCGAGCAUUCCCACUGACCUCUUCAAACCCAUUAGCUGCUCGGACUCCGAGAGUAUAGCGCCACUUCCCCCUCCCAGGCGCACACGCACGGCGAGUCGCAAGCUCCGCAGACAGGUGGCAGUGUCUACUGAUUCUCAGGAGGCUCUAUGUUCAGACGGAGAGGAAAGCAGUGACGGACUUGAAAACGUGGCUUCUCUCUCACCCUCGACCUUCUCCCACCAGCAGCAGCAGCAGCAGCGUCCCGCGCUCUGCCCGGCCCCCGCCAAGCCCGACCCCUCCCCCGGCUCCUGCUCGUCCCAUCGGCGACAAAACCGGUCCUCCCUCGAUCGGGAAGUGUCCCUCAUUAAUGCGGGGGUGUUGACAGGAAGCGAGGAUGUACGAGGCAGUGAGAGUUACAAAAACAAUACCGUCUGCCAAGACAGUGGGAGUCACGGUUUGAGGCCGUUGAAGAGGUUCCACAGCGUCGACACGCAGGGUCGCAGCGUUGUCCCACCCCGUCCUCGCUCCUGGUUGGACGACCCGCGUCGCCACUCGCUGGAGGUUUGCUCCGCGGCCGCUUCCUCUGGUUUCGUGCCGAACGCCGACGGUCUGCAAACCUCCGCUCAGACUCCGCUACCCUCCCCUCGACGGAAGAAGAAGAUGAGUCCUCCCUGCAUCUCCGUGGAACCGCCUGACGGAUCGGAGCCCCUCCGCCCGGCUUUAGGUGGCUUAGGCUCAGGAGGGUUGCGGUUGCCACCGCCCCUGCCUAAUCGGGACACCUGCCUGAGGAGGAGAGCCCCCUCGAGCGACUCCAAAGACUCUUUCGACCUCGGUGUCGGAGAGGGUUCGGGACAGGACGGUAGCUCCCCAAACUCCAGCAAUCCCAAGCUACUGACACUUCCCAAUUUCUCUUUUGAGAAGACGAGUUCUGAGCACUGA